CUAGGCGCGUCACCCUGAUUUUCUAUUUCCAAUUUCUUCAGGCGGGAGAGAGAGAGCGAGCGAAAUCCGAACGCCGCCGCCCGACCCGUCCGUCCAUCCGGUGGUCCGAUUCGCCGGCGCCAGCCAGCCGCCCGCGGCGGGGCCCGAUGGCGACCAACUUCUCCUUCCCGGAGAUGACGCCGGCGCAGAUCGCGGAGGGUCUGCACUCCUACGACAUCGCGCCCAACCCCAACCUCCGCGCCGAGGACAUCGCCAAACCGCAGCCGGAGCUCCUCCCCAACGUCUUCUCCCUCUUCUUCACCAACGUCGUCGGCGACAACCCCCCCGACGAGCAGCUAGGAUUCGAUGAGCUGCUGGUGCUCGAAAACCCGGAGCACCACUUGCAAGCCAUGGCGCUCAGGCGCAUCUACCGGAAGGCCCGGGACUUCCUCGACUCCAUCUACUUCGGGGGCCUCACGCUCCGCGACUUCCUCCGCCCCCACCCACGCCGCAUCAUCGACAUCCUCAGCGCCUUAGUCAACUACCUGCACUUCAGGCAGGAGAAGCUCGACGUCCUCAAACCCAUCUCGCAAGAGUACUUCGAGCGUGAGGACCAGCUCACGGAGCUCAGGGCUAGGGUCGCCGAGCUUCAGAAGGCGAAAACGGAGCAUGCCUACAACGAGCAGAUGGAGGAGCCCGUGGUCCAGCAGCUCCAGGCGGAGGUCAACACCCUCAGGCAGAAGAUUCAAGAGUACAACACGCAUCAGUUGGCGCUGAGAAGUAGAGCAAAAGCUGUAGACGAAAAGAAAGAAGGGCUCCUUAGCAAGAUCUCCCAAGCUGAUUUUGAGCUGAUCAAACAUUCGCAAGAAAAUUCAAAGCUAUUAUCCAAAAUUGUUCAGUCCCCUGAAAAGACCCUGAAAACCGUUGAGGAGAAGAAAGGAGUCCGUGAUGAAUUAAAGACCUUGGAGAAGAUGGCGAUGCAUAAAGUCCAGGAGAAAAACAAUACUCUUGAGAUGUAUACGAAGGUCUGUGACAAACUAUCCAAGCAUCUCUCCAAAAUCUCUGCUCUACACGAAACAAGCACUGCUGCUAAAGCUUCUGAGAAGGAUGUUAAAGCACAAAAGGCCAAGAUUAGUGACCACAGUUUGGAGAUGAAGACCAUUCGCAUUAGAGCUGCUGAAUGGCAAUCAAAAGUACAUGAAACUGAGGUCCGUCUCAAGGCAAAGGAGAAAGAAAGGGACCAAAGAAUCGAAGAGAAUAAACAGAAGAUGACUACCUUGAAAUCUGAAGUUGAAUCAGAACUUAAGUGCCUUGCAGACAGAGAAAGGGAAAUAGAGGAGAAGAUUGCAAAGGCUGCGGAUUUAUGCUCCCAAUCCGAUUCGGUAGAGGUUGCUGGCAGAAAAAAACGAGAGGAAAUCUAUGCCACGUUUGAGCAAGUUUGUGAGACGGCUAACAUGUACAUGGAUGGCAUCGAUCGUUCCCGCAAAGAAGUUGACGAAGCGAGUAUGGCCAUUAUAAGCCAGAUUGGCCCAUGACGUGUCGACCAGUACCCUGCUGGCAUGGAUGUACAUGUCUCGUAGUAAUUGUUAAUUGAGCUAGUGCUUCACUUGUGUAUACCUGAUUACCUGGACAAGUUUUGCAUCUCGAUCGAAGCUGCUCUAUUCGAGUGUGGUCGUAACUCGUAAUGUGCUUGCUACGAUUAUGUCAAAGCUUGCCCUUGCCUUUGCCUUGUUCCGAUCACUGAGACCUUGAGUCCCUGACUGUUAUUUUGACAGAUAUGUAACGGUUUUUUUUUGUUGUCAAUUUUAAUGGACAUCCAGGUUCGUCCGAUGAAAGCAAA